AUGCCGUUAUUGUUCUCCUCUCAGGGAAUCAGACCGCCCACCGAAGGAAUUAAUCUGUUGGUUUAUUAACGAUCUAGCGCGUCACGAGUGUUAUUUUUAUUAUCGCAACAGCGAAUUCGCAAGCGUUUCUCGGUCUUGGGCGUUCUCCGUUUAUCGGGCAAAUUCGCUGGCGGACGCGAAAUGAAAGGGUCUCCUCCGGGAAGGCAAUGAGAGCACGAAGCAACAAAUGCACGAAACCGAUUGUAAUGAAGUCGUUUCGAAGAACA